ACAGAGGUGUCUGUCUUCUAGAUUUACAGUUCUCUUUUUUUGGAUCCAUCAUUUAACCCCAGUUUCCUGAGACCUCACUUUGUCCUCUGUUUUCCGGGUUUUCUGUCCAGGCCUGUUGUGACUCCAGCUGUAUAGAGCAUGGCUCCUGAAGGGCAUGGCAAGCAAGCAGUCAGCUAAAGGACCAAGCCGUUCCUUACGAAGCUGCACAUUCACAGGCUCUGCCCCCUAGGAGCGGAGGGAGUGGUGAAAGUAUAAAACCCCUUGUGUUCCCUCCAGUCAGACUCUAGACCUACUGGAAACUAUAGAGACACCUGAGUGUUGCCCCACUGGCUAAACUAUCCCAUCACAAUGUUGUCACGACUGUUGAUUGUUCCUUUGAUCUUUGCUUUGGCUGGUCUUGCUAUCUCAGCCCCCGUUAAUGAUGGAACCGAGGCAGACAAUGAUGAGAGAGCUGCCCUCUUGCUAGUGCACCUUAAAGGUGACAAAGAUGGCGGAGGCCUCACAGGCAGCCCGGAUGGAGUCUCCGCAGGGACCACAGAUGGGACUGAUUCCAGUAAAGAGCUAGCAGGAGGUGCAGUGGAUUCCUCACCUGAUACAACAGACACCCCAGAUGCAAGUAGCAGUGAUACAUUCCCAGACACAAACAACAGAGAUACCAGCGUGGAAACUACAGGCAAUCCUGAUGACUCUGAUGCCCCAGAUGCAGCUGAAGCAGCAGGCAGCCAAGAUACAACGGACGCAGCCGAUGCCUCUGAGGCAGUAGCAGAGACCGUAGACAAUUAUGAUAUACCAGAUGGUGCUGAUGACAGGGAGAAGGUGUCAACAGAGGUGUCAUCAGAGGAUUUGGACUCAGCAGGUGUGGAUAAGUCUCCAGAAAGUGACUCCACAGAAUCUCCAGGAAGUGACUCCACAGAGUCUCCAGGAAGUGACUCCACAGAGUCUCCAGGGAGUGACUCCACAGAGUCUCCAGGAAGUGACUCCACAGAUGAAGUGCUAACAGACGUGCAAGCUGACUCUGCUGAUGUGACCAGUGAUGACAUGGAUGAGGCCACAGAGACGGGCAAAGAUGAUGACAAGAGUGACGACAAGAGUGAUACAGAUGCUGCCACAGACAAAGAUGACAGUGAUGAGGAUAAGGACACUGAACUAGAUGGUAAGGCCCGUGCAGAAGACACACAGACAGAGGAAGCGGCAGACAGCGACAGCAAACAAGGCGCUGCAGACUCAGACUCUGACACAGACGAUGACAGGCCGGAGAAAGACGUCAAGAACGACUCAGAUGACAGCAAGGACACCACCGAAGAAGACGACAAACCAGACAAAGAUGAUAAGAAAAACAGAGACAGCGCAGACAACAGCAAUGAUGACAGUGAUGAGGUGAUCCAGGUCCCCAGGGAGGAACCAGAGCAGCAGGAAAUGAACCUGGAGGAGGGAGGAGUGAUUGGCAGCCAGGAGGAGACUGUAGCCGCAGACAUGGAGGAGGGGAGUGAUGUGGGGGACCAGAAGCCCGGCCCUGAAGACAGCAUCGAGGAGGGAAGCCCUGUAGGGAGGCAAGAUUUUGAGCCUCCACAGGAUUCGGAGGAGGAGGAGGCGGAGCUGGAGGCAAAGGAGGAGGAGGAGCUGGAGAAGGAGGCAAAGAAGGAGGAGGAGUUGGAGGAGGCGGAGGCAAAGAAAGAGGAGGAGGAGCUGGAGGAGGCGGAGGAGGAGAGGAAACUAAAAACAACAGAGUCCAAAAGUCAGGAGGACAGUAAGGAGGACAGUAAGGAUGAAAGUGAGGAGGACAGUAAGGAGGACAGUAAGGAUGAAAGUCAGGAGGACAGUAAGGAGGACAGUAAGGAUGAAAGUGAGGCUGAACGAGACUCCAACAGUAAAAAGGACAUUGGGACCAUCGAUGCCCCUGAACCACAAGAGGAUGACAGUGAAGAGGACACUGAUGAUAGCAUGAUGAAAGAGCCCAAAGAUUCUGACGAUGGUGAGUCUGAGAAAGAUGAUAAGGACAAGAAUGAUAUGGACAAAGAAGAUAUGGACAAGGAUGAUAUGGACAAGGAUGAUAUGGACAAGGAUGCCUCUGACUCAGAGGAUGACCAAUCUGAAUCGGAUGCAGAGCCAGGCGCAGAUUCACACACAGAUGUCGAUGAGAUAGAUAGGGAAGAAACAAUGACUCCAGAUUCAGAAGAGAUAAUGAAGUCUGGUGAGAUGGACUCGGUUGUCGAGGCAACUGAAGCCGUUCCAGCUGACAUUCUGGACCAACCAGACCAACAGGAUGACAUGACACAGGGCGCCUCGCAGGCCGCUGAUGCUGCUGCCACCGCCCCGGCAGCCCAGUCUUAGCCCUGUGGGUUGAGCACACAGCACGCUGUGGAUGGAAUCAGACAUUUUGAUAGACCCAUCAUGGUGAAUCUCACAGAAAACUGACAACAAGCAAUAUCAACAAAAACUUUAGUCAAAUGUUGCUCUUAAGUUCCUUAACCCUCUUUUGCCACUCAAAAUGGUGAAGGUGUGUGCAGUGUCUAUGAGGAUAAAAUUAAAUUAUUCUACUUUUUUUGGUGUACAUUACAUUUUUACCCACUUUUUGACUGUAUUGUUGUUUGGGUAGUUGGAUAUUGGAUAAAAUGGUCACUGUCAUAUUAACUAGAAUAUUGAUCAAAUGGUCACUAUGUUCUCUUACAAUGCCCUUGAGAAAACCAGAAGUCUGUUUUUUAAUUCAGUCAUUGUAGGUUUGGUAUGUUUCUGCAGGGUUCCUACUGUUAUCCUCCUGCUUUCAUAUGAUGCAUUGCUGUCUCAGUCCUUGACAGAAAGCUCAAUUGGCACUUUGUCCUUCUAACUGAUAACAGCUGCUACAUUUGAAAAAUAACUCAGACUCACUCACAGCUCAACAUUCGUUUUUUAAAUUAUGAAAAACAUUAGGUCAUUUAUACAAAAUGAAGUGUACAUAAGUUUUAUGGCGCAACAAUGUCUUUGAUAAGGUAUACAAAACAAAUCUAGAGAAAGUACUAAAAAAGUGUGAUCUACAUUGGUCGGAAAGAUUGUAAAAUAACAAUUGUAUAGACAUAAUGAAAAUGUCAUUUGAAUAUGUACACGGGGGGGAAAUCUAAUAAAGACUGAUUUGUCAGCAAGUUUUUGGGGAUAA